AUGGACAAUCCAGUGCUCGACGUUUCCCUGCAGGAAGAAGCAUUAGCAACAAAAUCCGACCAGGACAUCGCCGUACCCUCAGAAAAACCGAACGUUUCGACUACUGAAACCGACGCCCUGGAAAAUGAUGAAAAUAUCGUUGAUCUCGACGAGAAUGAACCAGAACAUCCUCUCAACUGGCCCCUGUGGCGGAAAUGGUCAAUCGUUAGCUGUACGGCAUUGAUGUUCAUGUUGGUUAACUUGGGAACCAUCACUAUCGUUCCAGCAGUGCCAAGAGUAAUGGAAGAGUUUCACGUUACAAAUGAGCUAUACUCAACUUUGCUCGUGUCCAUUUGGGAGCUUGGUGAAGUCUUUGGACCUUUCUUGGUGGGACCUUUGUCGGAGAUUUACGGUCGAAUGCCUGUAUAUCAUGUUGGAAAUAUCCUCUUUAUCCUAUGCCUUACAGGAGGGGCAUUGAGUACCAAUAUGUCCAUGCUUAUCGCUUUUCGUUUUCUAUGCGGACUGGUCGUUUGCUCGGUGACUUUAGGGCCCAGUAUCGUUGGGGAUCUCUUCAGAAAAGAAGAUCGAGGUACCGCCAUGUCAGUAGCUAUUGCCUUCCCACUACUAGGACCAUUUGCAGGGCCGGUCGUUGGUUCCUAUAUUACCGAAGCAAAAGGCUGGCGAUGGAGUAUCUGGAUUGUUGUGAUUGCCGUAGGAGCAGUAACUUGUUUUGGAUUUCUCACAUUUCGAGAAACAUACAAGGUGAAACUUGUGCAACGAAAAGUAGAGAGACUUCGCAAAAGUACUGGCAACGAAAAUUUGCGAUCCAAGUAUGGAAGUUCGGAGAAACAUGCGGAUUUGAAGGAUUCUUUGUUGCGGCCAAUCAAAAUGCUGUUCCUUUCACCAAUUGUGUUUAUCAUAUCUUUCUUCACGGCUCUGGUGUAUGGAAUCUCUUAUGUUAUUCUUACCACUCUCACUCCAAUCUUAGAGGAUAAUUACGGACUUGGCCAAGGUCCCGUGGGACUUGCAUUUUUGGGAAGAGCUGCUGGAAAUGUUAUAGCUAUGCUACUCUAUGCCAUGGUCUCCGACCGAUACAUCAAGUACAAAAAAUCACAAGAAGGACAUCUGAAACCCGAGCAUCGACUUCCCCUCAUGCUUCUGGGUGCCAUAGUUCUUCCCAUCGGUCUUUUUCUCUACGGUUGGUCUGCCGAAAAGCACGUUCAUUGGAUCGUUCCUAUUAUCGGUACUGCAAUCGUGGGCUUUAGUUUCAUCUUGGCAAUACUUCCCACAGAGAACUAUCUCGUCGAUGUACACGAACUACAUGCAGCUUCGGCAGUGGCUGUAUGCUGUAUACUUCGUGCUUUAUUUGCUGCCAUUCUACCGCUCGUUGGACCACCUCUGUAUAGCCGAUUGGGGCUCGGAUGGGGUAAUUCGUUGUUAGCUUUUAUUUGUAUCGCUUUCUUACCUGCACUUGUGGCGCUGAUGAUCUAUGGAGAAAGAAUGAGGAAGAAUUCUAGAUUCCGUUAG